CUCCAGCCACUUUCGCCAUGCUUCUGGCACGGAUGAAGCCUCAGGUGCAGCCUGAGAGCAGCCCGGAGGAUGCCAGUCUGGAGAAGCCCUUGAGGGCGCUCAAAACGGCAGAUUUGGUGGUGGUCAAAGAGCGCAACGGAGUCCAGUGCGUCCUGGCGCCCCAUGGCAGCGACACGCUACCCCGGGAGACCUGGGGCAAGAAGAUUGACUUCCUACUGUCGGUGGUCGGAUUCGCAGUGGACCUGGCCAACGUGUGGCGCUUCCCUUAUCUCUGCUAUAAGAACGGAGGCGGUGCCUUUCUGAUCCCAUACACCCUGUUCCUCAUCAUUGCUGGGAUGCCACUGUUCUACAUGGAGCUGGCCCUGGGCCAGUACAACCGAGAGGGCGCAGCCACCGUGUGGAAGAUCUGUCCCUUCUUCAAAGGCGUUGGCUAUGCCGUGAUCCUCAUCGCCCUCUACGUUGGCUUCUACUACAACGUCAUCAUUGCCUGGUCACUCUACUACCUCUUCUCCUCCUUCACCCUAAACCUGCCCUGGACGGACUGUGGCCAUGCCUGGAACAGCCCCAACUGCACCGACCCCAAGCUCCUCAAUGGCUCCGUGCUGGGCAACCACACUAAGUACUCUAAGUACAAGUUCACACCUGCUGCAGAGUUCUACGAGCGUGGCGUCCUGCACCUUCAUGAGAGUGACGGGAUCCACGACAUUGGCCUGCCGCAGUGGCAGCUCUUGCUGUGCCUCAUGGUGGUGGUCAUCAUCCUGUUUUUCAGCCUUUGGAAAGGUGUGAAGACUUCAGGAAAGGUUGUGUGGAUCACGGCGACGCUACCUUACUUAGUGCUGUUCGUGCUCCUGGUCCAUGGCAUCACGCUGCCCGGCGCCUCCAAUGGCAUCAAUGCCUACCUGCACAUUGACUUCUACCGCCUAAAAGAAGCCACGGUGUGGAUAGAUGCUGCGACUCAGAUAUUCUUUUCCUUGGGAGCUGGCUUUGGAGUCUUGAUUGCAUUUGCCAGUUACAACAAGUUUGACAACAACUGUUACAGGGAUGCCCUGCUCACCAGCACCAUCAACUGUGUCACCAGCUUCAUCUCUGGGUUUGCCAUCUUUUCUAUCCUGGGUUACAUGGCCCACGAGCACAAGGUCAAUAUUGAAGACGUUGCCACUGAAGGAGCUGGCUUAGUCUUCAUUCUGUACCCAGAAGCCAUUUCCACCCUGUCGGGAUCCACAGUUUGGGCUGUUGUGUUCUUCAUUAUGCUCCUGGCUCUGGGCAUUGACAGCUCGAUGGGUGGCAUGGAGGCGGUCAUCACAGGCCUGGCCGAUGACUUCCAGAUCCUGAAGCGGCACCGGAAACUCUUCACAUUCGGGGUGACCGUGAGCACCUUCCUUCUGGCCCUGUUUUGCAUAACCAAGGGUGGAAUAUAUGUACUGACCCUGCUGGACACCUUUGCGGCAGGCACAUCUAUCCUGUUUGCUGUGCUCAUGGAGGCCAUCGGAGUGUCCUGGUUUUAUGGUGUGGACAGGUUCAGUGACGACAUCCAGCAGAUGAUGGGGUUUAAGCCUGGCCUCUACUGGAGACUGUGCUGGAAGUUUUUCAGCCCUGCCUUCCUCUUGUUCGUAGUGGUGGUCAGUAUCAUCAACUUCAAACCGCUCACCUAUGACGACUAUGUCUUCCCCGCCUGGGCCAACUGGGUCGGCUGGGGCAUUGCCUUCUCCUCCAUGGUCCUGGUGCCCGCCUACAUCAUCUACAAGUUCUUCAGCACCCGGGGCUCCCUUUGGGAGAGACUGGCCUACGGCAUCACACCAGAGAACGAGCACCACCUGGUGGCCCAGAGGGAUAUCAGGCAGUUCCAGGUGGGUGCGGCCUGGCCCUGACCCUCCC